AUGGUUCGCCCGACCCUGAAUAGAAUCGCGACGAUCCUCUGGGGAAGAGAGCCCAAGGAUCGAGCCCUACUGGCGAAACUAGAUCUUACGCUGCUCCCCUACUUUUCGCUCAUCUGGUUUCUAUUCGGUGUAACCCGAGCCAGUUACUCGUCAGCAUAUAUCAGUGGCAUGCGUGAGGCCUUGAACUUCCAAGGUAAAGACUACAAUUACAUGAACACGGCCUAUCUAGUCGUCUACGCCGUCUGCCAAAUCCCCGGGACGAGUCUUUUGACCGUUGUGCGACCCAAAUAUGUCUUCGUCGCAGCCAACCUGACAUGGAGUGUUCUCACUCUUAUCACAUACAAAAUGACUCAGGCCUGGCAGGUUAUCCUGCUAAAUGCCAUUGAGGGCGGCUUCUCGGCGAUUGCCUAUGUCGGUGCACACUUUAUUUUGGGGUCCUGGUAUCGCAAGUCUGAGCUAGGUACUCGAGCGGCCGUCUUUUGCUGCUUCGGCCAUGUUGGUAGCAUGGCUGGCGGAUGGAUCCAAGCCGGACUGCUGAAAGCAUUAGCCGGGCAUGGUGGCUUACCUGCGUGGCGAUGGAUCUUUAUCAUCGUCUCAGUGAUGACAAUUCCCGUUGCGUUAUUCGGAUGGUUCUUCAUCCCUGAUCUCCCAGCACAUCGCGCAGCAUGGUAUCUGAACGAGGCAGAGAAAGAGCAUGCCGCACACAGACUAGGCCAAACCUCCAAGCAAACAUGGGAUCGCACCGUAUUAAAGCGAGUCCUACUCAGCUGGCAAUUCUACCUCUUACCACUCAUCUUCAUGCUCUACUCCCUCUGCGUCCAAUCCCUCAGCAACAACGUAAUGGCCCUCUGGAUGUCCUCCCGAGGCUACACAACCAUCCAACAAAACAACUACCCGACAGGCAUCUACGCCACCGCCAUCCUCGGCACAAUCCUCUACUCCACCAUCUCCGACAGACUCCAAUCCCGCUGGGAAUGCUCCCUCUUAAUCGGCCUAACCUUCAUCAUCGGCAGCGCAAUCCUCGUCGCCAACCCAGCCGCCGACGCAGGCCACUUCUUCGCCUUCUACCUGCUCGGCACGACCUACGCGCCCCAAGCCCUCUGGUACUCGUGGAUGGCGGACGUGACGGGCCACGAUCUGCAGCUGCGGGCUAUUACGACGGGGUUCAUGAACUCGUUUGAUUUUGCGUUCGUCACUUGGUGGCCGUUGGUAUUUUAUCCGGUUACUGAUGCGCCGCACUUUGAGAAGGGGUAUGUGGCUAGUUUGGUUACGGGGUCUUUGACGAUUCCGUUUAUUGGGCUUGUGGCGUAUUUGGAUCGGAGGGAUACGGCUAGGGGGGUUAUUGGGAGGGUUGGUCCUAGAGUUGUUGUUGAGGAUUCUGUUGUUGAUGAUGGGGAUCAGGUUCGAUAUGAGCGUGAGAUUGAGGACGGGGAUGAUCAUCCUGAUGAUCCUAUUCCUACCACUGAGGUUACGGUUGCGAGCCUCCCUGUGGGGUGUCAGCUUGUACCACUUGUUCUUGACACAAGAAAGUUGAAAGAACAGUGGGCGCAAUGA